AUUAAUUUCAACCCGCUUUCCUGUUCUAUUGUCUCUCUAAUGCGCCAUAACUAUCUCACCCUCUCCAGAUCUUAUCUUUGUCUCUUGAACCCUGACGACAAGAGAAAAGCAAACUGCGACUCAGAACGCAAAUAGCAAUGACAGAACAUCGCCGCCCAUCACCGCCUGCAACGUCAGUUCCCCAGAGACAUCACUCUGUCAAAGGUUUGCAGCGCCGAGGAACUUAUGGCACAGAGAAUCAUUUAGUAUUUCAUGAAGAUUUUCAAGAGGAGUGGAAGCCGCUGAGAGUCAGGGAACUCAUUCGACCGCUUACAGUCAGGCAGUGGAUUGAGGGGGGCAAGAUUCACCGAGAACCCAUCUCUCGUGAAACGCCUCGGUUUGAACUGUUCUUUGAUCUGUUGUUCGUAGCUAUUAUCCAUCAACUGGCUGAUGCGGCCAUAGAGGAGCCUGGAGGUCGUUCUGUAGCUCGAUUCAUCCUCACCUUUUGGCCAAGUUGGAGUGUCUGGGAAGAAGCUCGAAAAUUCGCAAACCAAAGCGGAACUGACGAUCUUCUCCACAGACUCUGGAUUCUGAUCGGCAUGAUGACUCUUAUUGGGUAUACCGCCAACGCUUCUGCCAUUGAGCUUGAACCUACAGGGGAGGAAGAGACGGUGGAUCAUUCGGCUGUACGGGCCGCCGUGGCGUUUUGGUUGGUUAUCAAACUUACUCGAGUGAUUGUUCUGCUGUAUUAUGCCUGGAAACUACCCAGUUUCAGAAACGCACAUCUCUGGAAAGCAGUCGCCGUCCUUAUCCCCAUGUUUUUCCUUCUACCUCUCAUCUGGGUAACAUCCCGCCCCGCCCAAAUCGUCCUCGCCACACUUCUUAUCGUCGUCGACGUCUGCCGUAUCGACCUUCUUGUGCUAGCUAUCCGCGGACAGAUAUAUGAGUUCCAGCAACGUCGGGCACAGGGGAAGAAGGGCCUGGGAGUUAAGGGGUGGCACAGGAUGCCCGAUUUGCCGCAGGCGUAUAAGGUUCCGGUGACCAAUAUUGAGCAUGCAGUGGAAAGGUUGGGAGCUUUCGUCGUUAUUGUGCUCGGUGAGAUGGUGAUGAACCUCGUUUAUACGGCGGUCAAGGGUGAAAUUGGAGUCUCCCGCCAGUAUGGAAAAGCUGCUCUUGGUCUCAUGGUCGCUUGGGCAAUCAAUUACCUGUACAUGCUCCCUAGCGAACCUAGCGCCGAAUAUGAGCACGCUUUGCGACACAGUUGGUUUUCCGGUAUAUGCUUCACUUUCUUUCACUGGCCUCUCUGCGCCGCACUUAUCCUUGCAUCGGCCGCUUCUGGUAAAAUGGUGGCCAAUGACGAAGUCGAGAUCGGAGUACAUUGGUACUGGGGUAGCGGUGUUGGGUUUGCAAUCAUCUUUAUGGCGAUAUUGGAUUUGACGCAUCAGGAUUUGGCCCCUGGUCAGGCGAGGAUUCCUCGUGUAAUUCGUGCUCUUCUCGCUCUUUGCGCUGGUCUGUCUCUGAUUCUCUUCUCCCUCGGCACUCAGCACAUGCCCUCCACAGGCGUCCUCGCUAUCACAGUAGGUAUCACUUGGUUCCUAUUGGCGUUUAACGUUUUUGGUAUGCUCCCGAAACCGGGGACGGUUCAGAAGGAAGAGCUGGAAAGAAGGGAAAGGCAGGAAGAGCAAGGUAGAGGGGUUGUGGUGCAGGAUUUGGAUGGGAGAGCUGAGUUGGAAAGUGGUGGUGGAGUUGGAAAGCAGAGGGAAGAGAGAGUAGAGGAAGGAAGAUUAGAGGAGGGAGGAAGUAGAGGUUGAUAUAUCAUUGUAAGUAUAUUAAUUACUCUAUUGGUUUUGAGCACUGCAGGUAGGAAUAAAAUCUUUCGAUGGUAUGGUC